UUGGCGGAGCGGGGCGGGCCCGGACGUGAGGCGGCGGCGGACGGGGCGGUGAUUGGCGGAGCGGGGCGGGCCGGGCCCGGGCCGGCGCUGGGCCGGGGCGGGCUGGAGGCGCUGCAGCACACGGUGGGCUCGGUGCUGUCCAGCUACGGCUGGUACGUGCUGCUGGCCGCCGUCGCCGUGUACCUCCUCGUGCAGAAGGUGUCCCGCAGCCUGGCGGCGCGGCCGAGCGGCCGGCCCGGAGCGGCGGAGGCGGCGGAGGAGCCUGAUGUGGUGGUAAGAAGGCAGGAAGCUUUGGCAGCAGCUCGCCUCAGGAUGCAGGAGGAAUUGAAUGCACAAGCAGAAAAAUACAAAGAAAAGCAAAAACAGCUGGAGGAGGAGCGGCGGAGGCAGAAGAUCGCCAUGUGGGAGAGCAUGCAGGAAGGGAAGAGCUACAAAGGAAACCUCAAACUGAAUCAGCAAGAAGUAGAACCUGGUGCCUCGGCCUCAGCAGUCCCGAAAUCGAAACCGAACAAAAAGCCCUUGAGAGGAGGUGGCUAUAACCCCCUGUCUGGAGAAGGAGGAGGGACGUGCUCCUGGAGGCCCGGCCGGCGGGGCCCCUCAGCAGGUGGAUGAGGCUAACACCCCUAGUGUCCCCUGGCACUAGCAGGCUUGAUCCCACCCCCUGUCCCACUGCCUGCAGCUGGCCUGUCACAGUGUCACAGGCACUCCUUUGGGGCUGGCUUAGUGCACUUGUUAACUUCCAACAGUUUUUUGUUUGGUUGAUUUACGCCGUUCCCAAAUUGUAACGCAGUGGCUGAUCCUAAACCAGAAAAAUUGCUGAUCCUCUUGGAGAGGGCAGAGGGAGAAGCAAUUUCAGCACAAUCAGUUAGUUUUCACUCUUCUGUGGAGAGGGAGUGUAGUCUCCAGCCAAGGUGAAGUACCUGGGAUUGUGAGAUCUGGGCUUUCUGGCAAAUUUAGUUAUCUGUGCUCACUUUACCUCUGUAAGGUGAGGAUAUUUACCAUCCUCAGACAUUUCACCAGAUCUACCUUCCAGCUAAACACAGUCAUUUAGAGAAGAAGGAUGUUAUCAUUGGCAGACACCUUGAAUUCAGGCAGAGGGACUUCCAGAAAAAACACAGGUGAUCUGACAAACGCCACGGAUUUGCACCAAAGGCCAGUUACUGCAGAAGAGUCUCUGUGACAAGCCAGCUUGAAUGAUGUUUUCCUUAUAAAUGGUAAAAAAACCAGUGAGGAUUACUGAUGCUAGACAGCAGACAGGGGGGUUCUUGCUAUUCCUUUUUUUUUUCUUUUUUUUUUUUAUUUCAACUGCUUUGUAAAAACAAUACACUAUUACUAUUAAAUAUAAUUGCAAACAUCAUAAA